UGUUGCACUGGCACCUAUAGCACUGUGUUUAGGGGUAAAUUUGGGGGGGGGGGGAGUCAUGUGCUGUAAUGUUACGGCAUGUCCACAGACAUUGACAACAACCAAAAUGAAUAGUUUCUGGUGAAUUUUCCUUAAAUCGUCUUGUCUCAAUUAUAUUUUUAGGGUUUAUCAUUGCAAUGGUGAACUAGAUACUGCAGUUUUUGGUUGUGGUGACCUGCUAUUAAUUAUAAUUAGUUAAAGUUGUUUCUAUAUGUAACAACAGCAGCUAAGAUUGUGUAUGUGCAGAAAUGGACGGAAAAAGAAGUUCCAAGAAUAUAAUUUUAAAAAUAGUUAUAACCGCUCGAGCUUCUGGGUAGGUAACCUCAAUGGCUUGUAAAAAGAACCCAGCUUUGGCAGAGGCCACUGUGACUUCAGAGCCAGCCCAUAAUAGACCUUCCAGCAGAUGGAACCUGGGCUCUGUUCCGGCACCUCGGACGUCGAAGAGGUCAGCUCAAGCCCUGCUGUUUCAGAGGACUGGCAACUGGAUGGCGUCUCUUCUCCCUAGUGAACUUUGAAGCACGAGAAGUCAUUUUCUCCCCACCCCAGGUGAAUGCAACCAAAAAAGCUGGCCAGAGUGAUUUGUUGGAGGGAGGAAACGCAUUGCAGGUGGGGCUGGAGUAAAUGGCCUUUGGGUCCCUUCCAGCCCCACGGGAGUCAAAGCGGUGCUGGGACUUGGGGAGGAGGAAGCUGAGAGGGAAGGAGCAAGGAGGAGAUGUUAUGCACUGAAGUUCUCACCCUGGGCCAGCAGGGGGAUACUGUAGAUAGUUAUGCAAAUAAGGGAUCGAAAGUGGCUUUCAGUGAUUGGAUAGUUUUAGAAAAUUGUUACAGUUACGUUGUACUGGAGCUCUAUAUAAGCAGGAUGACUGAACCCUUCAGCCCAGUUCUGUUUUGGCCUGUGAAUAAACAAGAGCUGUUUGAAGAAUCGCUGCGUCGUCUGAUAUGUUCACCCACAACUUAACAGGAGACAUCUGGGUUGAGCUGGUCUGGCAGCACCAUGAUAAAGAGGAACGGAUUUAGACGGGGGAGAUUCAAUUCCAUCUCUGGCCAAAAUGCUCGCCUUGUGUGUCACCUGGGUAAGUUACUCAUUCUCUGCCCAACCUCCCUCCUAGGGAGAAGAGUUCAGGGUAGCUCAGAUGAGGCCUCGACCGACGGAAGGCUGUAGGGACGGCUAGCAGGGACAGAUAGGAGUUGUUAUCUGUGGGGUAGCGUCAGAGGAAAGUUCUUCUCCUUCGCUCAUAGAAUCAGGGAAUUGUGAGUCGGAAGGGACUUUGAGGGUCAUCUAGUCCAACCCCGGCAAUGCAGGAAUCUCAGCUAAAGCAUCCGUGACAGAGGGCCAUCCUGUCAUGGUCCGGUUCACAGGCGAUUGAAGUCCCGGCUGGGGACGUUGGGACCGGGGGCAAGAUGGCGGGGUGGGAGCAGGAACAGGAGUCCAGAAGCCAAGAGUCCGAGGGUCAGAAAGCAAGGAGUCACGAAGUCAGGGGUCCAAGGAGCAAGGAGUCACGAAGUCAGGGGUCCAGGGAGCAAGGAGUCAAAACACAGGAAGGCAGGGAACGUGUUGCUGUGGCAAAGAGCUGAAGGGAAAUGCUGACCUUAUAUCCCUUCCCGGCUCUUGCCACCAGGUGCUGUGAGUUACCAAUUGGCCUCACCUGUGAGGCCGCACCUUGCGUCUUCAGCACAAACUUAGGAAGGCCCCAGUCUUUAACAAAUGUUAAAUGGAACAUUUUCUUCUUUUCGUUGCAUAUCAUUUCCCAAAAUUUUUUAAUUACCUUACAAUCCCACCACAUAUGAUAAAAUGUCCCCUCCUUUUCCUUACACUUCCAACAUAUAUUUGAACUAGUUUUGUACAUUUUCCCUAACUGCACUGGUGUUGUGUACCAUCUGUACAUCAUCUUUAUGUAAUUCUCCUUCAAUAGGGAACAAUCUGUAAAUUUUAAGUCAGUUUUCCAUAAUUUUUCCCAAUCUUCCAUCAUAAUAGUGUGACCUACAUCUUGUGCCCAUUUAAUCAUAACUGAUUUUACCUCCUCAUCUUUCAUCUCCCAUUCUAAUAGUAUGCUGUAUGCAGUCUUCAGUAGUUUCACUUUCCCUUCAGUCACUUCCGUUUGAAACCUAGAUCUAGUAUAAAUAAAUCCUUUCUUGCAGCAGAGCCCAAGACUCUUAAUCUCAGGGCCGUGGGCUUGAGCUCCACGUCCAGCAAAAGUUUUCUGCACUGGAUGAGCCUCGUGGUUCCUUCCAAUGCUACAGUUUUAUGCAAGAAGGAAGGAAGGAAGGAAGGAAGGGCAGAGAGAACAGAUUGCAGAUCAGGCUGCUGCUUAAUUGCCUUGUUACCCUUUAACCAGGCAUCGGUCAGGGCUGUCAGGUGGAGACAGGCUACGAAGGGGAGGACAGUGACUCGCUUCAGAGUGUGCCACCAGGAGUUAUGACAUCUGCCUUCCCAACAGGGACUGAAUCUCUUGCCUGUCGGCGACCAAGAUGCUGAAGAAAAUCAUCGGCUGGCUGACGAUCCGAAAUGAAACCAUCCGGCAGGGACUGGCAGAGGCUUUGUCCACCUUCAUCCUGAUGGUGAGCAGGUCAGGGGUGGAGGGUGCUGGGGUCAUUCGGGGAGGGGGAGAGGGUGGCAAAGGCUGGGGCAUGCACCCCCCCUUCUUGUUCCUGAAAAGGUGAUGUGUGUGGAUGAGGAAAGAGACAGGAAGGGGACCCAGUCUGCAUCAGAAGCAGAAUUCAUCAAGUUUGCAAAACAUUAGCGGAACCAAAACAGGCACCCCUCAAAAUGUGCACAUAUCUAAAUUUUGAGAUACUAUUCUCCAAUCUGUCAGUGUGUGUGCAAAAAUGCAUCUGUUAGGUCUGAUCCUGCCUCGGGGCUCUUCUGAACACUGCAGUGUUGUGUGUGCCAAUUAUAUCUUUAAAGCACAUUCAAAGAACAUUCCCCUCCGCUCAAAGAAUUCUGGAUACAGUGGUACCUUGGGUUAAAAACUUAAUUUGUUCUGGAGGUCCGUCCUUAACCUGAAACUGUUCUUAACCUGAAGCACCACUUUAGUUAAUAGGGCCUCCUGCUGCCGCUGCCACGCGAUUUCUGUUCUCAUCCUGAAGCAAAGUUCUUAACCCAAGGUACUAUUUCUGGGUUAGCGGAGUCUGUAACCUGAAGCAUCUGUAACCCGAGGUACCGCUGUACUGUAGUUUGUUAAAGGUUGCUGAGAACUGUCACUUUGUGAGGGGCAAACUACAGGGCCCAGAAUUCUUUGAGGGAAAGGAUAGGCUUCAAAGGUGCUUUAAAGGCAUACAGAGUCGGCAACAGUCAUCUCCACCCCUUGUUCUGGACACGAAGGAUCAAUGUCUCCCACACACAGGCUGUGACCCGCCGACCUGAGCACGGCUCAUUAACCAUGUUUAGUGAUCCACCUGAAGAUCAGCAAACCUUUCAUAUGCUAAACAGUAUAUUUGGAAUAGCAAACAACAACCCGACUCAAAGAUGAUAUUAUGGGAGAAAACGGGGGAGGACAUUUUGUACUGAACUUCAAUUUGCAUUAGGUAUCUGGUUGUAUUAAUUGGUUAUGGAUUGGAACCCAUUGUUUCAUGAUUUGGAGGAAGCAUUUGAUAAAAACACCAUUACGCCCAACUUAAUGAGGAACAUUUCUUCAAGAACAGCUCAUGCAAUGCUAUUUUUAUUUUUCUAAGCAUCUAACCGGCUAAAAAUAUAGUAUUAUUAUUGCAAGGGCUGUUUAAUCCAUUAUCAUCGCUAUUAAAUUCAGUAUUAGACACUUUGGGAUUAGGCAGGGAUAGUGGCAUUAGACUCUGGAAGCAAAAUAAUAUGCUUUUGACAUGGGAGACCACGAAGCUCAUUGGGUGACGUCGGGCCAGUCUCUCAGUCUUACGGGAGUGUUGUGGGGAUGAGGAAGAGAAGCAUGUCCACAGCCUUGAGCUCUUUGGAAGAAAUGGUGGUCUGUAAAUGCCAUACAUUGAUGUCAGCCGGGACAGCUCAGUGGGUUAGAGCUCUUCUUUGGUGAUCCCUCGUAGCUUCCAUGAACACGGUUUUAACAGUGAGUCCCUAAGUGACUGUGGAGGCCAAUUCUGGAUCCACACGUCCUUCCACAGUGGGGACAUAGGUUUCCGGGCAGGAAUUGAUCCUGGUGAGAGUUUGCCAAGCAUGUCUUCCUCUUAGUACGUUUCUUCCUUUUGUCCUGAGUUCGAGCAUCUUCAAAGCCCAUGACACCUUUGGUAAAGGCUGUUCUCCAACUGGAGCGCAGGCCAGUGUUUCCCAGUUAUCAGUGCUUAUACUACAUUUUUAAAGAUUUGCUUUGAGAGUGUCUUUAAACCUCUUCUGUUGACCACCAGUAUUUCACUUUCCUUUCUUACAUUGUGAAUAUAGUUGCUUUGGAAGGCAAUAAUCAGGCAUCAGUACAACUUGACCAGUCAAAUGAAGCUGAAGCUGAAGCUGAAAAUAAUAAUAAUAAUUAUUUAUUAUUUAUACCCCACCCAUCUGGCUGGGUUUCCCCAGCCCUCUGGGCGGCUUCCAACUGAAUAUUAAAAACAAUACAGCAUCAGACAUUAAAAACUUCCCUAAAGAGGGCUGCCUUCAGUUGUCUUUUAAAAGUAAAUUAGUUGUUUAUUGCCUUGACAUCUGCUGGGAGGGUGUUCCACAGGGUAGGCGCCACCACCGAGAAGGCCCUCUGCCUGGUUCCCUGUAACCUUACUUCUCGCAAUGAGGGAACCGCCAGAAGGCCCUCGGCGCUGGAUCUCAGUGUCCGGGCUGAAUGAUGGGGAUGGAGACGCUCCUUCAGGUAUACAGGACCGAGGCCGUUUAGGGCUUUAAAGGUCAGCACCAACACUUUGAAUUGUGCUCGUUUCAACACCAGUGAUCUUUGCACGGGUGAUGUUGUCCUGCUACCAUGACGAUGGAUACCUUGACACAUACGGGUCUCUCUUCUUCCCCCUUCCCCCACAGGUUAUUGGACAGGGCUCUGUUGCCCAGGUGGUAAUAGGAAAGAAUAGCUUUGGGGACUUUCUGAGCAGCAAUCUGGGAUUUGGAUUCGGUGUCAUGUUGGGAAUUCACGUAGCUGGUGGAAUCUCAGGUGAGUCUGGUAGAUAAUGUGCCUGGAAGAUCUCCCUUUUAAUAUCAACUGUGCGGUUUCAAUCCGUUUAGAUCUGGACAUAAAUUGCUUUAAUCCACCCCUUGCUAGUUUCUAAAAGGCUGAUUUCUAUAUUAUCUUAGUGCUUCUCCUUCUUUCCUUUUGCUGUUCCAGAGAGGUUCUGUGUUUCAUAACAUUUUCUGCCGGGAUGGUUUUACUGCAGGCUUCCCCAACCUGGUGCCCUUCAGAGGUUUUAGACUACAAAACCUAGCCCAGGAGAAAGUAGAUAGAGAAAAGUUUUUUGGGUUUUUUGUUUUUUAUUCAAAAUUAUAACAAGACAUAUUAUCCAAAAACAUAUUAUCCUUGUUUCCCCCCAUUUUUCCUCCCUCCCACCUCCCACACAAACCCACCCACCCACCCCCCUGACUUCUCUCAGUUCCAGUUUUUGGUUUCUCUGAGACUGCUGUUUUCUGCAUGUUACAAAGUUUUAUAGAUCCUCAAACUAUUUAUCUGAUUAUUAUCAAUAAAAAGUUUGUGAAUGUUUAUUCAAAACCUGCCAAGGAGUCCAGUUCGCUUUGUUGCGUCUUCAGAUACUUUGUAAAGGGUUCCCAUUCAUCCUUAAAGUCACAGUUAUCCUUGUCCCAUAGCUUAUAUGUCAGUUUUGCCAGUUCUGCAUAGUCCAUCAAUUUUUCUUGCCAUGAUUCUUUAGUUGGGAUUUCUUCAGUCUUCCAUCCUUGUGCUACCAGAUCUCUCGCAGCCAUUGUCGCAUACAUGAAGAUGUUUUUCAACUUUUUUGGCAGGUCUUUCCCUACAAUCCCCAACAAAAAUGCUUCGGGGUUUUUAACAAAUGUUAAAUGGAAAAUUUUCUUCAAUUCGUUGUAUAUCAUUUCCCAAAAAUUUUUAAUUACCUUACAAUCCCACCACAUAUGAUAAAAUGUCCCCUCCUUUUCCUUACACUUCCAACAUAUAUUUGAACUAGUUCUGUACAUUUUCCCUAACUGCACUGGUGUUGUGUACCAUCUGUACAUCAUCUUCAUGUAAUUCUCCUUCAAUAGGGAACAAUCUGUAAAUUUUAAGUCAGUUUUCCAUAAUUUAACCCAAUCUUCCAUCAUAACGUUGUGACCUACAUCUUGUGCCCAUUUAAUCAUAACUGAUUUUACCUCUUCGAGAAAAGUUUUUACCCCUCUUUCAUGGCGCUAGAACUCAUGGACAUUCAAGGAAGCUUGUUUGGGACAGAUAAAGGAAAGUGUGGAACUCUCUCCUGCAGGAGGCAGUGACGGCCACCAACAUAGAUGGCUCCAAGAGAGCAUUAGACAAGUUCAUGGAGGACAAGAGGGCAAUCGAUGGCUAUGUUGCAGGAAUGUAUGUAUAGGUUGGGGGGGUUGCCCCUCCAGCAGAUAUCAUGCACGUGCAACCCACUACCAAAACCAGCACAAUCACUUUUGUGACUUUUGUGAUUUGUCCCCACAAAACACUUCAUCACAGUUUCUUCCCAUCUAUUCAAAGGGCCUCUGCUGCACAAUACCAAAGGUAAAAAUUCCCUGAUAAAUGUGUCUCUGACCUGGCUCACAGGGAAAACUUCAGAAAUUCAUAUAGACAUGUGAGCUCAGCUACUCAGCCUGAGUGAUAAUUCCUGGCCUCCUAAUACCUGAGGGCCAGACAGGUAGCCAUUCCAGAAAUAACAAACCCAGAUGAAGACAAAAGGGCGUGAUUAACUUGGCUGGGAAACAGGGAAAUGUAAAUAUCUCUUUUGUUACACUUGAUGGGUGUUUGGUGGAGGGCAAGGAGAACCAUGGGGCAGGGUCCAGGAUGCUCAGAUUACUGCCGCCAGACCUCCCCUUUCAUGAUGUAACCAUGAUGUAACCAUGAUGUAGUUUGGGGGGGUGUAACAUGGGGAUUAGUAGCUAAUAAAAGUUUGGGGGCUCUUUUGUUUGGGGCUUCUAUCUUGUUCCACCUGGUGGCAGGUGGGAGUCCUGUCGCGACAGUCUUCAAUAAAGACCAAGCCUACUGGCUGUUGUUUUGCUCUGGUAUUCCUGGCUGGUGUCCUUGUUUUUUGUCCAAGGGAGCCCUCAGAUUUCUCCGUUAACAGCUACUAGUCAUGAUGGUUAUGUGCUGCCUCUACAGCUGGAGGAAGCAAUGCUUCUGAACAGCAGUUGCUGGAAACCGCAAGAAGAGUGUGCCCUUGCACUCAGGUCCUCCUGAUUUUGGGCUUCCCACAGGAGCACCUGAUUGGUCACUGUGAAAGAGGGUGCUGGACUAGAUGGGCAAGUGAUCCAGCAGGGUUCUUCUUACAUUCUUAGUCGUUUAUACAGCUGUAGACCCAAAGCACUAGAGGGCAUGAGCACUAGUGCCAACUCUAGGGGGCCUUGGGUGUCAGGGUACUCACAAUUUUUGUGUGUGGGUACUCAGCACCCACACCGUGGGGCUCCGACGCAACCUCCAAGCCCCUACAAAGUCUUGGAAGUGACUUUCAGUAGAAACCGGAAGUAGACAACGUCAUGAUGUCAUGUUACGUCGUGGUUGCCGUUGGGCACCCGUAACCUAGGCACAAGCUUGAGGAAAGCUGUUUUCAUCUUUGUGUGACAUCCUUGCUUUAUACUGAUUUCUGUAAAGGAUACGGAGAACUUCCACACACCGGAGAUCUAGAAACGUACAGAUUCAGCCUUGACACAACCUUGAGGUUAUCUCUACACUCACAGAACCACGGUUCUCAGGGUUGAGAAGCAAAUCCCAACCCCCACCCCAUAGAACAACUUCCAUAAUCUGGGGACCACCUUGCUGAGACUUGCCUCCAGCAGCUGAGGGUGUGGAAUGGAAGUGCGGAACUGGCUUGUUUUGCUUUUUUCCAUUGUUUUAUUUUUUAUUGAAAAUGUUCAGCAUACAAUACCAUAAAAAACAAACUAAUCUAAAUGAAAAGGAAAACAGCCAAAAAAGAGAAAGCUCUCCUUUUGCUUUCCCUUCAGUUAGCAUUUCCCUAUGUUGUGUUUUUAGCAAACGCUCUCAGAAUUGGUCUUUGUUGGGUCUUUGUUUUUGCAAAGAUAGCCCUUCUAAGAAUUGGCAAGGUGGAGGGGUGGCUUGCAAAUGCUAUUAUUGCUACUACUAUUACUAUGAUCAUCAUUUACUCUCGCAUUCCUGUCACUUUUUUUGCCUCUGGAAGGUGCUCACAUGAACGCAGCAAUUACAUUUGCAAACUGUGUCGUGGGGAAUCUGCCAUGGUACAAGCUUCCGGCGUAUGUGAUUGGCCAGUUUGUGGGAUCCUUCUUGGCUUCUGCUACGACGUUUUCACUGUAUUAUGGUAUGCUACUUCCCUUGACCCCCAACCCCUCACAAAGCCACUAGAAUAGCUGGGGAGAAAGAAGACCUGAUUUUUAGUUGUUUCAGUGACACACGCACACCCCUAUCUCUCAUAAACACACACAUUGUGGGUCCGUGCAAGGGCAGAGUGGUUCAAUCAAAAAGUCCACUUGUAGCCUCUCCAACUUGUGCUUUUGCUGUUGAACUAUGUAAUCUGGUUGCUUCCCUUUCAGAGGCCCUGAUGAAUUAUACCGGGGGGACCCUAACCGUUGGAGGACCCACUGGCACGGCAAACAUCUUUGCCACCUACCCGUCUCCGUACAUGUCGACUUUGGGCGGAUUUAUAAAUGAGGUUGGUGCACCAGGAUUGACUUUAUUUAGCUAGUUCAUUAAAGUUAUAUACUUCUUGUUAUAUACUUAAAAAACCAACCCCAAAGUGGUUUGCUAAAAGAAUUAAACAGUAGGAUUAAUAGGGAAAGCAGUUAAAACACAACUAUUUCAUAGGGCGUCAUUCUAUGGCUUCUAGAUCAUAGACAUGGACAGCUUUGACCAUUGUCCUCAUACGGGACUCCUCCUUAAGAGACAAAUGUACCCAAUCAGUCUUCAGAAUGCAGGGGGUUAAGACAGGGUCGGCCCAGCCAUGAGGCUAGGUGAGGUGAUCGCCUCAGUCAGCAGGAUCCACUGGGGCAGCGGAUCCUGAUGUCAAUCUUUCUUCCUGCCUUUUUCCUUCACCGCUUCUUCCCUGGCAGGGAAGGGGGAUGCCAUUUUGUUGUCUGUCUCAGGUGGGUUAAGAAGUAAGCAAGCAAGGGAAAGGGGUUGUAAUAACUGUUCCCCACUGGUCCCCACACCGGACUUUCCCCCACCUUGUUUUGGAGAGGCCUCUUCUGCCUCUGGGCUGCCAUCUUUUAUUCCAUCCUUCCUUCCUUCCCUCCUGGCCUCAUCCCCGCAGUUCAUCACUACAGCUGUGCUAUUGAUUGGAAUCCUCGCCAUCAACGACCUGAAGAAUGCGGGUGCUCUUCCAGGCACCCAUGCCUUGAGUGUUGGGCUGCUGGUUGCGGUCAUCGGCAUGUCCUUGGGGAUGAACACUGGCUAUGCCAUUAACCCUUCCAGAGACUUGCCACCAAGGAUCUUCACAGCCGUUGCUGGAUGGGGGCUGGAGGUCUUCAAGUGAGUUCCUUUUCUCUACCACAGAAUCAUAGGAGUGGGAAGCGACCCUGAGCGUCAUCUAAUCCACCCCCCUGCAAUGUAGGAAUCUCAACUAAAACAUCCAGGACAGGUGGCCAGCCAACCUCUGCUUGAAAACCUCCAAGGAAGGAGAGUCCACCAGCUUCUGAGGGAGUUUGUUCUACUGCUGAACAGCUCUUACUGUCAGAAAGUUCUUCCUAAGUUUUCAUUGGAAUCGCCUUCCUUGUAACUUAAAGUCACUGGUUCAUGUCUUACGCUCCAGAGCAGGAGAAACCAAGAUAGGUCCAUCUUCCCUGUGACAGCCCUUUAGAUAUUUGAAGAUGGCUAUCAUAUCUCCUCCCAGUCUCCUUUCCCAGGUUAAACGUACCCAGUUCCUUCAACUAUUCCUCACAAGGCUUGGUUUCCAGACCCUUGAUGAUCUUCCGCACACAUUCCAGCUUGUCAAUAUCCACCUUAAAUUGUGGUGCCCAGAACUGGACAAAGUACUCCAGGUGUGGUCUGACCAAGGCAGAAUAGAGUGGUACUAUUCCUGUGAUCGGGACACUAUACUUCUGUUGAUGCAGCCUAGAAUAGCAUUAGCCUUCUUUGCUGCUGCAUCACCAUUGACUCAUGUUAAGCUUGUGGUCUACUAAGACCCCUAGAUCUUGUUCACAUGUGCUACUCACAAGGCAGGUGUCUCCUAGGUGAAUAUUGCAGAUCCCCACCUUUUCUGCCCCCCUUAUUUGCAUGGAUUGAUUAAAUUUAAUUACUGAACCUUUUUUUCUUAUUAUUCCUAGUUUGCUCUGCCCAUCAGGUGCAGGGUGGGCAACAACCACUUAUUUAAAUAUAGAUCAAUUGAAACAAAUUGGUUGAUGGCUCUUGUGGAUGCGAAGGUAGGUCUGAACUUCCUCGCCCAAUUUUAGGUGAAAUUUGAGAAGUUAGAUCGUGCAUUGAGCUAUCACAUUUGUUAAGGACUGGAGUAAGAGUACAGAAAGUGCUUUUGAUGUGCACCCUACCUCCUCUCUAAGGAAUUCAAGGUGGUGUACCUAGGAUUUCCCCCUUUUAAAAGUACAUAAUGAGAGUAUUAAAAAGUUGCGGGUGGAAACAGGUCUCCUGAACUUGAUGCAAUGCUUGGAAGCAGGAUGGGCCAAUAAAUUGAAUCUGAAUCCUGUUUUGUGUAAUUGGGGAUGCAGAGUGGGAGACUGCCAGAUCUGGAUCCUCCCCCCCCCCCCAAAGGAGCAGCUUGGGGGUACAGCUGGAUUCAACACCGUCAGCGGAGGCUCAGGUGGUCUUGAUGGCAAGGAGCACUCUCCCGUUCCCCUAGCUCAGCUGGAACCCCUUUGGGACAAAUAUGCCUUGGCCAUUGUGCUCCAUGCUCUGGUAACUUCCAGACUGGAUUGCUGUGACACGCUUCACUUGGGGCUGCCCUUGGAGACAGCUCAGCCACGUAUGAUGGGAGUUGCACUCCAACAAUCUCUAGAGGGGCCACUCUUGCGUUAAAGGAAGGCUGAUUUGUGAUGGACGUAAUUGAGGUCCAGUACAGGCAAGUGAUGGUCCAGUUCAAGGAUGGGGAAGAUACAGGCAGAAACCAUUUUGUGUGGGUCCGAUAGAUGCAUGAUCACGCACGCGUGCGCACACACACACACACACACACACACACACUGCUCCCGACUUGGAAGUGGCCCCAAAUUGGGGCCGGACGGUCUUAUGAGUGCUCCACUGACACCCAUGGGGGUCAGGAAGGGAACCUCUGCUCAAAAUGGUUGUCACUUGUAGUCACCAUCCAGCAACAAGAGGGACACAGCUUGCCCAUCCCUGGACCAGAUUCUUUUCAAUACUGCCACCAGGUCUACAAAGAACCAUGUGGUCUCCAGUGGUGCUGUCAAAGAAGCAGCUGAGCUCAAUUUCUGCUCUUGGCUUCUCGUUGUUGUUGUUUAGUUGUGUCCGAUUCUUCGUGACUCCAUAGACCAGAGCACGCCAGGCACCCCUUUCUUCCACUGCCUCCCACAGCUUGGUCAAACUCCUGCUGGUAGCUUCGAGAACACUGUCCCACAAUCUUGUCCUCUGUCGUCCCCUUCUCCUUGUGCCCUCCAUCUUUCCCAGCAUCAGGGUCUUUUCCAGGGAGUCUUCUCUUCUUAUGAGGUGGCCAAAGUAUUGGAGCCUCAGCUUCACGAUCUGUCCUUCCAGUGAGCACUCAGGGCUGAUUUCCUUCAGAAUGGAUAGGUUUGAUCUUCUUGCAGGCCAUGGGACUCUCAAGAGUCUCCUCCAGCAUGGCUUCUGCUAGAACCGAAUAAAACCAGCUUUUCUCUCUUCCCCACCCCCCCAGCGCAUCAAAUAAUUGGUGGUGGGUCCCAGUGGUCGCACCGAUGUUGGGAAGCCUCCUUGGAAUUUUCAUCUACAACAUCUUCGUUGACUUUCACAAUCGCCCUCGGCUGGAUGGGAGCAGGAAGCCAGACUGCGAGGGCGACGAGAGUGUUGAGCAGCGAUUGUGAAAUCUGGACUCCCGUCAACCGGAAGCUGAAUUUGGGACUUGGGACAGAUCCAUAGCAGAAAGCUAUCUGCUGUGGCCACAGUGCCCAAGAGCGUGCAAGCAGAUAUCAAUCUAUGUUCUUAGCUAAUAAACAGAGGGCACUUUUUUAGGGGGAAUAUAAGGGGAGGCUGGAAGGUGUAGGU